GAGGAACAGGAGAGACAGUGAGCGGGGUGAGCCCAGAUUACAACCAAAGCAGGAGCGUGCAGGACAGAAAUAAAGGGAUCCCAGCUCCUCUGACACAUUCUUUGCUUGGCUCAGUUGAAAAGGAGAAAAACACCACGCAGGCUGUUGUCAGACAGAGUGGGAAAGAGGAGGAAGGAAAAAGAAGAGGAGGAGCAGGAGUGCUGUGUUUCUAAGAGCAAGCGUUUCAGGGGACGGUGCUGUCACAGAGAGGAGGAGGUACUGGUGUGUGUGUGUGAGCGUUUGCAACACAUCAGCGACACUAAGGUGUGUGUGGUGUGAAGUGAAGCCCCAGUUACCCCCUCAUCCAGCAGCAACACCAUCCACUAAGACUUGACGAGAGGUUUAACAAGCCAUGCUGAGGUUCAGGAGCCAGCCGAGGUCCAGCUGAACACCAUGGCCCAGGCUAAAGGGCGGAGAGAUGGCAUGGUGUUGUCCAAUGAAAACAGGCGCCGGCCGCUGUCGUCAGGUGAAGUGGAGGGUAUGUCGUGGCAGGGCCCACGAACCAUUUUUCUCCAGAAAAACUCACAGGGAUUUGGCUUCACUCUGCGCCACUUCAUCGUUUACCCACCAGAGUCCUCUCUCCACAGCGUCAAGGAUGAAGAGAAUGGAAACACAACGGGAAAAGGUUGUCAGUGGUCUCGCUUGGAGCCAAUGGACACCAUCUUUGUGAAGAGUGUCAAAGAAAAUGGUCCUGCCCACCAAGCUGGACUGUGCACAGGGGACAGACUGGUAAAGGUGAAUGGGGAGAGCAUUCUGGGAAAAACCUACUCUCAGGUGAUCGCCCUCAUCCAAAACAGUGAAAACAUUCUAGAACUCUCUAUUAUGCCAAAAGAUGAAGAUGUGUUGCAGUUGGUAAGUGCAUACUCCCAUGAUGCCUACCUGAAAGGCAAUGAGCCAUACACAGGUGAGGCCCAAAGCCUCCCUGUGCCACCGCCUCUCUGUUACACCUCUACCAAGCCCAGCUCCACUGCCCCGCAGCCGAGCCACAACCUCCACAGCCCUCACAGCCCCCUGGAUAACUGGCAGUGUCGGCCCAGCACCACAACCUUGCCACUGGAUAACAGCCCUCCUGCUGCUUCUACUCCCGCCUCUGGCUGGUCUGGAGGUUACGAGGAUACCAGUGGCCACUUUGCUCCAUCGGGGCGGUACCGUGGGCGAUCCUCGUCAGCCAUCAGCGCACUUGACUUUCACUUUGCUAACCACAAUGCUGCCAUCACCUCUGCAACUCUGCCACGGAAGAGCAGCCUGCCAGCUUCUGCACGUGCCCACACUGAUGCCCUCUGCCAGCAGGCUCUGUCAGACUGGUACUACAGCCAGACUGAGGCUGCAGAGCGCAUGUCCCCCCGUCAUCGCAGCAUAUCUCAGGAUCAUUUAGCAGAGUUGGGCUUGGCACUGGGUCCUGGACCCACAGCUGUUUCUACCACUUCUGCAGAGCAACACAGGAGAGAAGCCCUCCUGUACCACCACCAGGCAGCAGCUGCUUCCCAUGAUUCUUAUUGGCUCGGGGGCUGGGGUGGUGUGUCAGGACCAGGAAGCAGGUCGUGCUCAGAAAGUCUGCUGGCAGCCUACGCCGAGUAUGAGCACAACUACGGUCGUUCUGUGGAAACACUGGCACAGGCCUCUGCUCUGGUCUCGCCACGCUACGAACACACUUCACAAAGCUCCCAAACAACAAAGUACAGUGAGCAAAAAGACCAGAAAGCCUCAGCAGGACAACAGCACCAAACCACAGUGACAUCCUCCAUCCCAGCCUCCACCACAGUGCCUCCCAGUGGCAGGCAGCCAGGUCAGCAGGUAGCUGAGCCCCAGACACGGCGACUAAAAGAGGAAGAGCUGGUGGGCUACAAAAGCUAUAGCCCCUCUUUUUCCCGCAAAGCUGGCCACCUCCUUCAGCAAGCCCACUCCUUCAGAGAACCCAGCUACAGCGGUCCUCACCUCAACUGGAGCCUUGGCAGCAGAAGCAGCCCAGUGGACAAUGAUGUGGUGUUGGUGCCCCGGCCCCAGUCCACACCAGCUCUGUCCACAGCAGAGGAGGAGAGAGUCCGGCUUGGGGAAGACAGAGAGAUCAUCUCCCCUGUAUCCUUGAAUCAGGAGGUGGUCCUCAGGCAGAAGCCAGCAGCAGGCCGACGAACCCCCAUUCAGAGUCUGCGACAUCCACACUACAGCACACCUGUGGAGUCACCAGAGCUGCCUGGUUCGACACCCUCCCCCGUCGCCGUGGGGUCCGGCCCCAGCCGCAGGGCCAAUGGUAGCCUGGCACAGCAUGCACUGGACUCCCUGUCCUCUAUUCCCUUCAUAGAUGAACCUACCGGUCCUAAUACUGACCAUCAGGCCUGCUAUGUACCAGCCUGCUGUGUGGUGUCCAGCUCCCAGGCCUCCACUAUGGCCACUCUCACUUCCACCUUUGUCUCCCCCACCCUCUCCUCCAUCUCCCCCUUUGUUCAACUUCGUUCUCAGGACUGCAGCAGUAUUAAGGGUCGUCGCUCCUCUUACUUGCUGGCUAUCACCACUGAGAGAUCUAAGUCCUGUGAUGAGGGGCUCAACACAUUCAGGGAAGAAGGUCGCGUCUUCUCCAAACUACCAAAAAGGGUCAAGAGCUUUUUCACUGAUGGGUCGCUGGAGAGCCUGCGAGCCCAGGAGGAGGCCCGGACUAAGCGCCACUCCACCUCGGAGCUGGGAACCAUCACCUUCAGUGAUGUACACAAGGAGGGCUGGCUGCACUACAAACAGAUCCUCACAGAAAAGGGAAAGAAAAUUGGUGGCGGCAUGCGACCGUGGAAGCGCGCCUUCUCAGUGCUCCGCUCCCACUCGCUGUUCCUCUACAAGGACAAGCGAGAGGCUGUGCUUCAUGGAGCGGGGGCGGGACCCAGCCAGGAUGAGCAUCCCCCGAUCAGCAUCCGCGGCUGCCUCAUCGACAUCGCCUACAGUGAAACCAAGCGGAAGCACACCCUGAGGCUGACCACGCAGGACUUCUGCGAGUAUCUGCUGCAGGCCGAAGACAGGGAUGACAUGUUGGCCUGGAUUAGGGUCAUCAGGGAGAACAGCAAGACAGACAAUGAGGACAUUGGUUUUUCAAAACAAGCUCUCAUCAACAAGAAGCUGAACGACUACAGAAAACACAGUCUGACAGGUAACAAGCCGGACUCCUCCCCCAAAGCUCAUCGUAUGAUGCCUCCCUUCCUCCUGGCUAAGACUGACAACACCUCAGUGAGCCGAGCCUCCAGAUCUGAUGACAACAAGGCAGUCUGGGGCAUCAACAUCAUGAAGAAAGCCAAGAAGACAGGCAGUCCGAAGGCUUUUGGUGUGCGACUAGAGGACUGUCAGCCUGCUGUCAACCAUAAAUUUGUACCUCUGAUAGUGGAGAUGUGCUGUGGUGUUGUGGAGACAAUGGGUCUAGAGUAUACCGGUAUCUAUCGUGUACCAGGGAACAACGCCAUGGUAUCCAACCUGCAGGAGCAUCUCAACAAGGGCAUGGACAUUAACACUGCUGAGGAGAGAUGGCAGGACCUGAAUGUAAUCAGCAGCCUGCUUAAAUCAUUUUUCCGAAAACUGCCUGAGCCGCUGUUUACUGAUGACAAAUACAAUGACUUCAUUGAUGCCAACCGGAUAGAAGAUGCAGAGGACAGACUGAAGACCAUGAAGAAACUAAUCCAUGACCUUCCAGAUCACUAUUAUCACACCCUCAAGUUCCUGGUGGGCCACCUUAAGAAGGUGGCAGAUCACUCUGAGAAGAAUAAGAUGGAGCCAAGAAACCUAGCUCUGGUGUUUGGUCCCACUCUGGUGAGGACGUCAGAGGACAACAUGACCGACAUGGUGACCCACAUGCCCGACCGCUACAAAAUAGUCGAGACCCUUAUCCUGCAUCAUGACUGGUUCUUCAGUGAUGGAGAGUUUGAUAAGGAAGAGAAGGCCCCAGAGGACAAGCGGGACAUGCAGCCUGUGCCCAACAUCGACCAUCUGCUGUCCAAUAUUGGCAGGCCAGGCAUGCCAGGAGAGGCAUCAGAAUCCACCACCAGCGAUUCACUUAAAUCAAAGCUUUCUUCAGGCUCCAAAAAAGACCUGAAUGCCAAGGACUUCCUACCCAAGUCCAUCAUCUCUGCUGUGACCCGCAAACGCAAAAAACGCCUCAGUAGCAACCUGCUGGGCAGCAGCGCUGAUGAGGACUCUGAGCAUGAACCAGUCAAAGCUAGCAACUAUGGGGGAAAGGAAGGGGGAGGAGAAGAACAAGAGGAUGGACAAGAGCAAGAGGCAGUCAAGGCUGAACAUACCAUUCCUGUCAAAGAAAGGCAAAAUGGGGUAAAAGCUAGAGACACCACAGAGGGGAAAGAUUCAUUGACGGGAGGAGAAGGGGUUAAAGAGGACUUGACAAAGAGAACUGGCAGCAAUGCAAAAAGUUCCCAAAGGGAGAGAACCAACUUACCGGCACCGCUGCUUCGUCCAAACAGUUUUCUCUACUCACAUCAACAGGUCCACGGCACAUUCCCAAGACCACCACCUGUGACUAAUCCUCCUUCCCAUUUGAGAACUCACAGUCUGGCCAGGGGACGCCCCACUGUCCCCUUCUGGAUCUCCCCAUCCAGGCCUCUAAAUCUGGAACAGGGAUCUAGCUGUCCACCAGACUGGAACCAGGCAGCGCCAUUUCGCUACAGGAAGACCAGAGGUGGAAGGCCGAGGGCUGUGUCCAUGAAUCUGGAGUUUGAGCUGGGCAGGAGAGAUGACAGAGUCAGAGAAUGGAGAGCAGACAAGGUAGAGGUGAUCUGGGUCACUAAGGGAACAUCAGGUCAGUGUGGAAAUGUUGGGAUGCCUCAGGGAUCGACUGUAGGCUCCAGGUCAGCUCAGCAUAUGGAUCCGCUCCCUCAUCUUGCCCAGGGGUCUCCCCCUCCCACCUCUUCUUCCUUGGAAUGGAUAGAUCAAAGCUCCCCUGGACCUUUGACUGUGGUCAUGAGGAGAUCGGCCACAGACCCGCGGGACAAGAGAGUGUGGCGUCGUCAUACAGUGAUAGUUUAAUCCAACUGUGGCAUUUACUAAUGCAAUUACAAGCACUUGCCCUUUACUUACCAACACUGAAUCACAUGUGUCACCACUUCUAAAGCCUAGUGUCUUGUCUUGUUAGCAGGGGGAUCUCAGUUGUCUCAAGACUUCUUUGGCUUUUUAUUGGCAUUAAAUUUGGAACCGUGCCCUCGUAGUAAAGAAAAUCGUUGGCAUUGAUUGUUGUUUCAUUCCAAAAUCAGAAACAUGUAAAGCUCUGAAAGCAAUACUUUUGUCUUAAUUCCUUCACUUGCGUCAGAGUAUAGCUGUAACUAUCCAUGCCUUAAUAUACUGUGCAGACCACAUAAAAGUAAAUAUUAAUUUAGGACAAGCCGAAAUCUGCUCACAUAUCCAAGGAAAUAUACCUGCAAGGUCCCAGAAUUUUAGCCUGUGUUUACACAGUGCACUUUGUAGUACAUCUAUUGUACAUAAAUGAAAUUGUAAUUUUAAUCUUUUCAAAAAUACUAUUGUUGAUGAUAAACCCACAUUCAACUUAAGUUCACUAACUGGUGGAACCUUAUGGCUGUAGCAGUGUUUAACUGAUCUAACCAGCAGAGCUUAUGUGCACCCUGCUGGUGAGAUGUGGAUAAUACACCAGUCAAAUGGCUUUGCAACUACAACCUUGUGUUCCAGCGUUACUGACCACUUUCACUUUGCACAGUCAAUUUUCGUAAUAAAAGGAUUUGGAUUAUAAAACAUGUUUUAGCACCAGUCAGUACAGCUGACACAUGUAGGAACAUGCUAGCAUUAGUCAGCAACAGUCUGAGCUGGGCAGCUUGGUAAUUGACAGUAAGCUUGGUUGCUAACAGGAGGACGUUCAUUCACUGUAGAGCACGGGUGUCGAAUCCUGGUUCUCGAGGGCCGCAAUCCUGCAUGUUUUAGAUGCUUUCCUCUUCCAACACACCUGAUUCAAAUGAUCAGGAUCGUUAUCAGGCUUCUGCAGAGCUUGAUGAUGAGCUGGGGAGAGGAAAGUAGAAGGAGCAAGGCAUAAGAAACUAGAGCAUAACAAACUGUUCUCUCCAGCUCUCCAUGCCCUCAGAGAUCAAUGCAGUAAAGACAGUUUUUUUGUUUAGCAGUGAAAAUCAAGUAUUAUAAGCCCCAACAGCCAGAUCCAGUGAUCACCACAAAGACAUCCAAAUGAACUGAUUUUGCUACAGACUUUUGCCAUUUGAAAUGCUUGUGUGACUGGAUCCACAAUGCAAGGUGCAAUUAAAAAAUUCAGACUGCAUCAAUAAAAAUCAAAAACUAACCCUUGUUUACAUUUGGUGGCCAUCGGCUUUAAAGUAGUCUUCUUGGGCAGCGAUACAGCGCCCCUGUUCUGCCUGUUAGACCAGCAGUCAAGUGCUAAUGUCUCCCUAAACUGAGUCAAAACUGUGACCCUUCAACUUGAUUUUAAUUUUUUGUAAGUGGAGGAAGUCACAGGAAGCGAAACCUUGUAAUGGCAUGAAGAGCGUUGAUCAUGUUUUUAGUGGCCAAAAAAUGCUGUGUGACCAGUCACAUAUUGCAUGCUGUCAUGCUACAGUUCAGGUUGUUCUCCUUCAGACACCUCAGUGUCAGGUACAGGUGAGGGAUUUUCCUCUCAACCCAAGAUGGUCAGAUGUUCCCAUAUAUCCAGUCUGAAGUUUAACUGCUGUGAUUGCCUUUGUUUUUUCCCUCAGUAGCCACAGUUCUGCUUUUGAAAUCAAACGUGUAUUCCACGUGAGAAAGAUGCAUUCCUGGGAAUUUGUUCUUAAAUGAUCCAUCAAACUAUCAGCCCUAAUGAACAACAGGUGAAGUCACCACAUGACUGUAACAGCUUUUUAACAGUUACAUGAAGUUGGUGUUGUCAAAAGGAACUGUGGCAGUAACUCGUAACACACAAUGUUUUGGAAUGAAACCUUUCAGCCGCAGAUUUAAGGUGAUGGAUGGUGAUGAUGCGUUUUGGGUAGAGACUGAGAGAAAGCCAUAUUAGACAACUGAGAUUGAGUUCUCAAACUAAUGCUGUUCCUGCUACAGUAACUCUCACCAGCAAAGCCAUUGUCAUCCAGUUGUGUUUCACAGAAGGCUGAUUGUGUUGGACUUUACCUGGUGUCUCCCCCCACUGGUUUCCACUAAUGAUGUCUUUGACUAUACCCAUAUAGGCAAAUAUCUGAUAUGCACACUUACCUGCCAUGUUGAGUGCAGCACGGCAAACUAAUUUACACGAAACCUCACUUCAGUUUACUUCUCAGCCCUUUACGAGCUCCUCCAAAGCCUCCUGUGGAUCUACAGGGAAAUUCAGCAGAACUCACUCCUUGUCUGGACAGUGGAAUUAGGCGUUAUGCCAAAGCUUGCUUGAAGUAAAAAAAAAUAAAAAUAAAAAAUACACGCAUGGGGUCAGUGACAUGGAAAAAUAUGCAAACCCUAAGUGUUCAACACAAACCUGUCAUGCUUCCCUGUGUGUGUGCGUGUGUGUGUGUGUGUGUGUGUGUGUGUUGAGAAAGGAAGGCUAGAACUCGGAAGAUGAUGAUGCCUGUUGGGUUACAAGUGUUUCAGGCAGCUAUGUAAAGUCAUGCCAAAAUUAUGUUGUUUUUUUCUAUGUGGGUUAUUGUACAGUGUCAACAGUGUGGAGAACGCUUUGCAAAGGAACUGAAGCACGUAGUGUUACAGUCACACACUAUAACAGUGUUAAAAAUGAUAUGGGAGCAGCUGGAAGGGAGUGAACGACCUUGUUAAAUCCAAAACCACAGUCUUACCCUCGUGAUGUUUUAGCAUUUUUGAUUUUUUUUACAUUUUCAGUAUUUUUGCUUCUUACCCAGAACUUUAGUUUGGUAAAAACAAAUGGAUUGAAACCAAAAUGAACUGCCAACCACUGUCAUCCAACCAGGCUCCAUGUUUGUCUUAAUCAUAUCUAGACUCAGUCUGUCCUUCUCUCUACCUGUGCCCUUGUGCAUGUACUUUAUGUACGUGGGUGUACUGUGCGUGGACCAAUUUUGUAACAGUUGUACAAAGCCUUGUUAAGUUAACCUGUGUAUAUAAAUAUUAAACAUAAUAUAUUAAAUUAUUUGUUUUGGAAAUGC